AGGUAGACUGAACAAGCCAUGAGGAGCAAGCCAGUAAGCAGCACCCCUCCAUGGCCUCUGCAUCAGCUUCUGCCUCCGGGUUCUUGUCUUGUUUGAGUUCCUACCCUGAUUUCUUCUAGAGAUGGACUGCGAUGUAGAAUUGUAAGCCAAAUAAACCCUUUCCUCCCAAACUUGCUUUUUGGUCAUGGUAUUUCAUUGUAGCAAUAGAAAUCCUAAGCCAAGUUGGUAUCAGGAUUAUCGGGUGUUGCUGUGACAGACCUGACCAUGUUGUUUGGGAGGAUUGUGGAAGGACUUUAGAACUUUGGGCUAGAAAAGUCACUGAGUAUUGAGGGCUGUCUGUCAGAGCUUGGAAGAUAGAAUGUUGUGAGCAGUACACAAGAUGGAGGCCUGGCUUGUGACGUUUCAGAGGGAAGCAAGGGUUCUACUAAGCCGUUUGGGUUAAGAAUCUGUGCUUCUAGUCGGCUGGGCCUGAAGAAUCAGCUGUGAUUUAACAAGAUAACCUUUGCUUUGAUCUGACAAUGGAUGCUGGUCAGUGGGGACUGAAGAAUCAGCUGUGAUUGAGAAGAGACCAGCAUCGUUGAGGUGAAAUCUUCAGGGAAGUAUUUCUUCAGGAUCAGCACACAGAAGCUGUGUUCCAGAAGUGGCCAAGGUUGUACCUCUUGUUGACAGCUGACCUUGAUAGUAUGAGUCACCCAGGUGGUGCUGGUUUUGAAGGCAAGAAGGAAGGGGUCAUGGAGAGCAGCUGAGGCCUGGCACUGUGUGGCAGGGCUGGUGUCCCUGAAGAGAGCCCAGGAGAGGCUAUUGGUCAAAGUGCAUCCCAGUUGCAGCAGAAGACCUCCCCCCCCCUAGCAUUUUGGAGAUGCCAGUCCCAGGGGAUAGCCACCAAGAUCAGCAGCAGGAGUGGAUUGGAGCCAGCCGGAGCCUAGAUGACAGUCUUUGUGUGCUGCAGAGGGCAGAGCCACACAAGUAACCCAAGCCCUUUGGAGGAGCCCAGGAGAUUGGACUGAGUGUUGCUAUCCUGGGACCCACCUUUCCAGAUUUGGCAAGGAAUGUGAACCGAAACAUCAGCAGCCUGUCUUUCAUCUUUGUGGGCCGUGCCUCUGGGUAUUUAUGUGGCUCUAUGAUUGGAGGAGUUCUUUUUGGGUGUAUUAAUCACUUUUUACUUUUGGGGGUGUCACUUUCUGCUACCACAGUUGGUCUUUAUCUUACUCCAUUCUGCAAGACAGCAGUCUUACUGGUUAUCAUGAUGUCUGUCUUUGGUAUUUCAAUGGGUCUUCUGGAUACAGGUGGGAAUGUCCUCAUCUUGGAUCUUUGGGGGGAUGAAGGAGCCCCUCACAUGCAGGCCUUGCACUUCAGUUUCGCUUUGGGUGCCUUCCUGGCUCCCCUGCUGGCUAAAUUGGCCUGGGGAACAUCAGCAUCCACUCAGAACCACACAGAGCCUGACUUUGACCUUCUAAUGCUCAACGGAUCCUCUGAAGCCACCUCAGACUCUCUGUUUGCAGUACCUGAGGACAUGAACCUGCUGUGGGCAUAUGCUUCCAUUGGCACGUAUGUUUUAGUGGUGUCUGUCUUUCUGUUUGGUCUGUUUUGUAAAAAAAGCUCAAGGCAGGAAAAAGCCACAGUAUCUGCUCAGGAAGCUCGAAGAGCUAAAUAUCACUGGGCCCUGCUCUGUCUCCUCUUCAUCUUCUUCUUUUUUUAUGUUGGAGCCGAGGUGACCUAUGGCUCGUAUGUAUUCUCCUUCGCCACCACCCAUGUUGGCAUGAAAGAAAGUGAAGCAGCUGGCUUGAACUCCAUCUUCUGGGGGACCUUUGCUGCCUGCAGGGGCCUGGCCAUCUUCUUUGCAACAUUCUUAAAGCCUGGAACUAUGAUUGUGUUGUGCAACAUUGGCAGCCUGACCUCAUCUUUAUUUCUGGUGCUUUUUGACAAGAGCCCUCUUUGUCUCUGGAUCGCAACUUCUGUGUAUGGAGCCUCGAUGGCAGCCACGUUUCCCAGUGGAAUUUCCUGGAUUGAGCAGUACACCAGCAUAAGUGGGAAAUCUGCAGCAUUCUUUGUCAUUGGUGCUGCUCUAGGAGAAAUGGCGAUUCCUGCAAUAAUCGGAAUUCUUCAAGGACACUACCCAGAUCUGCCAGUUGUUCUGUACACGGGUCUGGGGUCGGCCACAUUCACUGCAGUAUUAUUUCCUGUGAUGUAUAAAUUAGCCACCUUACCUCUGGGUCAUCAGCCAAAAGGAAGGAAGAGUGAGGACCAGAGAGCUUUGCUUUCCAGCUCUGAGCUCAACGACUGUGAAGAAGAGAGUGAAGAGGAAGAUGCAGAAAAGUGGAAUGAAAUGGAUUUUGAGGUGGUUGAAAUGAGCGAUCCGAUGCAGGAGUCUGCAAGGGACACGACUGGAGAGGUCCUUAGGGAGCCCACACCUGAGGCUUCUGACCACUUCCUGUCAAAGGCGUACUUUUCAGUCAGUAGCAGCGAUCCUCUUGUGAAUCACCAGGACAAAAGGGACUGACAGAGAGAUGAAUUACUGAAUGACUUCACUGAGUAAUCGACACUUCUCAACCACCUCUCAGGCAGAGCUUUGGCAGACUUUCCACGUGCAUUGGCAAUUGAAAUGUGUGGGGUUCACAGAAAGCAGUGACACUAUUUGAAGUGUAAAAUUCUCAGUCUUCUGUAACCCACUAUUUUUUCUUAUACAGUAGGCUCUUGUUAGAAGACUGUGUUAGGUCCCCACCUGUCAGAAGGCAUUUUCGUGUGAGGAGCUGGGUAGUGUGUCAGUAAAGACACUGUAGAAGAGUGGAGCUACUUGGCUGAGCAAAUGGUCUUACAUCCGGACUCCGCUGGGGGCUUGUGGAGAGUGGGUCACUUGAAAGAGCCAGCUUUGGAAAUGGAAAGAUAUUUUCCUUAAUUUUACCCUCUAUGUAGGGUAGAGCUGAAAAAUACUGCUGUUUCUUAUUUCUAUGAGAAUACAGGUAGGCCAUGAUUUCUAGAUCAAUAUCUAGCUUCCUUCCUGACUUCAUGCUCAUCUUUGACAUAGUCUGGUUUAUUGGGUCUCCUGUGAUUCUAGAAAUGCAAGUGAGAUUAUUUCCAAAUUUUAGAGUUUGGGUUUGUUUUGUUUCUUGAGUCUUACUUUAUAGUCCAGGCUGGCCUGGAAUUUAUUAUGUAGCCCAGGUUGGCCUCUGACUCAACGUCCUGUCUCUGCCUCCUGAAUUUUAUGCUACAGGUAUGUGCCACCAUGCAUGGUGAAACGUGUAAGUUUUAAAGUUGUCUAAUAUUUUUGCUAAAAUAGCCCAUUCAUUUCAAAUGUAAUGUAAAACAAAAGUGAUGGUUUAGCCCUCCGAAUGUGCUUCAGCUUGUGAAAUCCUACAGUUUAGCAAGCAGUUUAGUAGCACCGCUGGAGUCACUGAUCUACAGGAUGUCCCUUUCCCUUACACUCAAGGGUCAUUAUUUAAGUGUUCCAGCAAAUUUUAUUCUUGUUUCCCAUGCAUUUAAAAAAUUUUCCCCAAUUGCUGUAUCAUGUUUGUGUAAUACAGCAGUUUACUGCAUUUCAGAGAUUAUGGUAUUUUUGCUGACACUUUAGAAGAGAGGGUUUAUUUUUAUAUGUGAGUCUAUAUUGUGUUCAGAGGAUUUGGAGACAUUCUGUUGAUUUUAUGUAAUUAUUAUUUUUUUAAUGUUUACUUUUUUUUUUAGUGCUGGUGACUGAACACAGGGCCUUGCACUUGCUAAGCAAGUACUCUGCCACUGGACUAAGUUCCCGGUGUCUUAUGUUUCAAUUAUAGAAGCAGUUACUACGUUGGCAGUAGAGGUGUGGACAGGUCCUUUGGUGCUCAUAGCCUGCCUCAGUAGCAGAGGCUGGGUCUGGGCCUUGCAGUUAGGAUUUGACUCUCACUGGAUUGGGUUAUUAAUCACAUAUGUACUGUAAACCAGGCUAAAAGUUCAGUUUACAAAUGAGGCACCAUCUUUUUUGGUGAUUGGAGAACCUGUGUACCCUCCAGGACUUGUUGAAUUUGAAGUACCUGGAGACCAAAGUAAGGAUGGUGUGAUGGCGUAGGAAAUCAGGAUAAGGGAUGCUGCUGCACAAGUGUGGCAGAACUUUGACCAAUGGCUUGUACCUCUUCUCAAGUUUUAUGCUGAGUGACAAUGAAUUGCUAUUUGAUGGCAAUGUGUUUGCUAAUCUCUUACCAGAUUUUAAAAUUUGCUUUUCUUAAAACAAGUGCUGUGUGUUUUCUUAAAAAAAAUUAAAUUUUUUUUUCUGUGUGUGA